UAUUACAGAGAUACUGAGUUCUGAGUUCAUUGAUUCAUUGUUCAUUGUCCGCUUUACUUGGUGCAAGGUGGAUCUGGGUGGAUCCCAUGUUUUAACUUCAAUAUUUAUUUCAAUAAUUUCAUGUUUUGUUGUUCGUGUCUGUCAUAUUCUGGUUGUGGAAGUGAAAAGUUAUCAAUACGAAAUACCUACUCUCAAAAUCAUGGGUUUAUUUCAAUCGAAAAGUGAAGAACUGGAAAGACAGGCUAGAGAAAGAGAACAAAGACAACAACAACAAUAUAGGCUUCAACUGCAAGAAUAUAGGCGACAGCAAGAACUUAAGCGACAGCAAGAAUAUGAGCGACAGCAGGAAUAUGAACGACAGCAGGAACUAAGGAGACAAGCAGAUAUUACUUGGGAAUAUUUGGCCACAAGAAUAUCCAAUUUACACAUUAUAGAGGAAUCAGAACAGCAAAGAGGUUUUGUCAAAGAAAUCAAACCAGACCCAGAACUUAUACGAAGUCUUCUGCAGAGCAUUGGUAAAGGCGACUGGGCAGAUAAAGUUGGUGAUGGCCAGGUUUAUGUUAAGGAAACACUGGAUAGUUACUCGCUGGACUUCCAACAACAAAAUAACCUAUUCAGGAAAACAAAUAAAAUUUUCUUCAAUGUCACAGAUAUUGAGAAAAUAUUCAAUCCAUAUAUGUUUCUGAAAUUCAAAUUGAAAGAGAAACAGUAUCAAAAACGACUAGGUUAUGUGCAAACUAUGAAGAUGUAUCAUGGUACAAUGAAGCACAACACUAAUGGGAUUUGUCAAACUAAUUUUGACUGGAGGAAAAAUGGGAAUUCUACAGGACACAGGUUCGGACAAGGAGUCUCGUUCAGUCCUUUCUCGAACUACGCCACUCAUUAUGGGGACAAAAGGUCCUUCGACAAGGUGAUGUUCGCUGUGGACAUACUAGUGGGGGAAAUGUGUCCAGGAGAGGGGAAUACUGUCAUCCCUGAAGGAAACGCAGACACCACAGUCAAUGACAAAGGAUCUGUCUAUGUCAAGUACGAGGACGACGCUUUCUAUCCCACAUACUUGAUACACUACCAGGGUUUCGAGAAAAAAAUAAAAAAAAACAAUUCAAUACAGAUGUACCAUUGAUAUUAGGUACUUACAUAUUUUUGGCACAAAAUUUUGAAAAACUUUCUUUCGAAGAUCGGUAGUUUUCGAGUUAUAAAAAUUCAUUCACCCAUUUUUUAACGGACUGAUUACAGAAAAAUUCAUCUGGGAUAGAUGAACUUUCUAUAAUUACUAUUAAGAAUGUAAUUGAUCUGAUAAAAUGUCCUAAGGAACCAGUCCUACAUACACGGAUAUUUUCCCACUGAGUUCAAAACGGCACUAGUAAUUCCCUUAUUCGAAAAAGGAGAUGCCAACUACAGACAAAUUUCCCAACUCUGCUCACUGGAAGUUGUAUGAGAAAGUAGUAACUGCUAGGACAAUGAAUUUUUUAGAAAUCAACAACUUGAUAUGUGGCAACCAGCAUGGUUUUAGGAAAACUUAUUCUGUUGAAACAGCAUCAUUUCAAUUUUGUUUAUUCUGAAAUAGAUUCCAAGAUUGUGUAAUUAGCCUGUUUUUCGACUUGUCAAAGGCAUUUGACGUGUUGUCAUCCCAAUUUCUAAAUAUUAAGUUGAAAAUCCUCGCUUUUCCAAAUAAUUUAUUGACUUGGUUGAAAUCAUAUAUGCAUGGACGUAGUAUGGCUGCCAGAAAUAACGUUGUUUCGUCAAGCGAGCGUGAUGAUAAGUUAGGAGUACCGCAAGGGUCAGUCUUAGGACUCCUACUAUUCGUGUUAUUUGUUAAUGACUUGCCUGAACACGUAACUGAUUGCUACAUCACCAUGUUUGCAGAUGACACAACAAUUACAGUUUUCAAUCCAGACCCAGAUAUAUAAUUAACAAAUGUCGGCAGAAUAAUGGCCAAAAACGUAUCGUGAGAUUAAUCUUUGAUGUGGACUAAAGAGAUAGUUGCAAACCAAUAUUUAUAAGAGAGAAAUUGUUAACUGCUGCAUCCAUGUAUAUUUUGAAAUGUUUGAAAUACAUCAGAAGCAACUUGAAAUCCUUCGAUACCAAUGCUUUUUCGCAUGCUUACAACACACGACAUAGUGGUCACCUAAAACUACCAAACCACAAAACUACGAAAUUCAAAAAUUCUCCUAUCUACAAAGCAUUGAGCUUCUACAACAAACUGCCUACGGCAAUUUAAAGUUCUGAAUGUGAUAGAAUAUUCUUUAACAAAUUAAAAUGUUUGCUGAUUGAAAAAGGUUACUACUCCUAUCAAGAAUAUUUGGAUGAUCCAUUAGUGUGAAUUAUUUUACUUUUUACCUAAAUGUCACUUGUAGUGUGCUGUAACUGCUGUAAUCUUAAUUGUUACCUGUUCCGUAAUAUAUAACUUCGGUUCAAUUAUUUUAAUUAUUUAUGGUCACGCAUGUUAUGAUAAUUUUAUAUUAUAUUAUACUGGUAAUCGUUACUUUUGAUAUAUAUCUUGUGUUGUGAUAUCGUAUUAUGUUGUUUUGAUUAUACAUAUGAUUGU